AGUAACAUGUAGCUUAUGUAAUUUAUAAAUAUCCGAGUAAAAUAGUCUGAGUUUAGUCAGUGGUAUUGUGUGUAGUGCCUGUACAAAAAAGCGUGCGCCCUUGCAAUUGACCUUGAUCUAACACGAAAAGAAGAAAGAAUUAGAAACAAAGAAACAUAAUCGUUAACUUGUCGACUGUGCCUAUAAUUUAGAAUUUUUAGAAUAACUGAAUAGGUAAUAAGUAGUUAAGUAUUACAAGUAUCAAGCGAAAAACAAGAUAAAUAUUGAAACUAUAAUUUAUGAUACCUACUUCUCUAAAAUAAAAAUCGUUAUGUGAAGAGAUCCACUGUUAAAUUUACAGAUAUGGUUAUUCCCAAACAAUCAAACAGAUCGGCCAGGAUGAAAGCGAAUGGUGGCAGAAUACUGUUAGUGAUAACUGUCCUGCUCGUCGUUACGCUCUGCGUCACGGCUGCAGGGUUAAUGAAAUCAGUCACUAACUCGAAGCGUAGCCCAGACUCAUGCCAUCCUCUGGUGAUCGCCCACCGAGGAGCCAGCGGUUACGUGCCCGAACACACACUCGCCGCCUACGGCCUAGCCAUCAUGAUGGGUGCUGACUACGUCGAACCCGACGUCGUCAUGACCAAAGAUGGACACCUAGUGGCUAGGCAUGACAAUGAACUGGGUCUCACUACAGAUGUCAGUCAGCGCUCUGAAUUUUCUGACCGUCAUCGAACACAAAAUGUAGAUGGAAGUGAAUUAACAGGCUGGUUUACAGAAGACUUUACUCUUGAUGAACUUAAGACAUUGCGAGCUAUUGAACGUAUACCUCAGAACCGACCUGGCAAUGCACGAAUGGAUCGUUCAUUUGAUAUUCCUACUGUCCAGGAAAUUAUUGACUUAGUGAAAAGCUUGGAAAUAAGUCAACGCCGAACCAUCGGUAUUUAUCCUGAAAUCAAGCACAGCACUCAUUUCCAGCGACUGGGACUAGCAAUGGAAGCACCUCUUGUGCAACUUCUACACAACAACGGGUAUGAAGGACGGGAUGCUCAUAUAUAUAUCCAAUCUUUUGAAGUUAAUAACUUGAAGGAGCUCAAAAAGAUUACUGACCUCCGGCUUCUCCAGCUUUACAGCAGCGACAAAUCUUCUCAACCUUUUGAUCAAGCUACACUAGGUACCAAUCUCACUUAUGGCGCAAUGGCUACAGCAGAAGGACUAAAGGAUGUAGCGUCGUACGCAUAUGCAACCGGCCCCGACAAGAGUUACAUCAUUCCACGCGACGAAAACGACAACCUUGGUACCCCGACUACGUUCGUGGCAGACGCCCAUGCGGCAGGUUUGAAGGUGCAUCCUUACACGUUUCGUGCUGAAAAUCCUUUCCUGCCAGCUGAGUUUCGUAGCAGUGAACAAUCUGAUUCAGCUAUUGGUAACUUUAAGGGAGAGAUUAGCGCUUUUCUGGCAGCAGGUAUAGACGGUCUUUUUGCUGACCAGCCUGACAUACCCGUUCGUAUGCGAGGACCAUGUCUUUAAAAGCUAUUUCAUACAGUGUCGGAUAUGAAUUAUAUAUAGUUAUGUACACUAACUUAGUGGCAAAAUGCCGGGACAACGCGAGGAAGAAGAGAUGUACACUAACUACUUAGUAUUUCACUGUAGGUACAAGAUCUGGGGCCUACAGCGAAAUUCGAUAUUCCAGAUUGCAUGCGUCUAUGUCUUCUAUUACUCCAUUAUUGCAAGGGCAAAGAGAUUGACAUAAACGAAAUUAGUAUUUAAAAGAAGAUUAGAAUUCUUUCAUUUUGUGUAGAUGUGUAUGUCCCUACUUUAAUAUUAUUAAUGCGAAAGUAUCUGUCUGUUACCUCUUCACGCUUCAACCGCUGAACCGCCUAUGGUAUGGAAAUAGACAUACGGGGAAGGACGUAGGAUAGUAUCAAUCAUCUCUCUCUAGUUUCAGAUGGGUCACACAUGUAUGAAAACGAAAGUUACUGUUACCUUAGGAAUCUUAAUAAACUGUAAGCACCUAGGUGAAUAGUAUUAAGAUACACAUAAUAAGUAUGUCAGUAUAAAGAUGAGUGCCUUAAGUAAAUUGUAUAUGAAAGUCAAGAAACCGAUAUAAUGUUUUAAAAUAAAGUAUUAUAAGAUAAUCUGAAACGUUA